AUGCCUAAGGUGCUUGCAAGAGCUCUGCUCUGUUCAGUGUCCUGUUCCAACUGGCUGAUUGUGCAUAGCAACAAGACCUUCACAGCGACCCACCCAGCCUGUCUGCCUGGGAGUUCAGCCUUAGAGGCACAAUCUGAUGAUGCUGGCAAAAAACCCAACAAAAAUAAACAAAACGAAAAAAAAUACCCAAACAUUCAAUCAGGCGGUUCCAUGAUUGUGUUCUGGUUCUGGAGAUGGAUAUUCUCUUGCUGUGAUGUGGGCAUCACCUCAGCUAAUCUUGGAAUGUUCAUAGGUAACAGAAUAGUCACUGCCAAGAUGAGGCUGAAACCGGAUGUUUCUGCAGUUUCUGUAUUAGAUAAAAUAUACUGUUUAUUAUCAGUGAGAAAUGCUAGAGCACUUGCAGAAUAUUUCCAACUCCUAGAUGUUCAUAAAAAGAAUACUUUAAAUAACCUGCAACUUUAUCACUUCCUCCAUUAUGUGACUGACCUGACGAAGAAGCAGAUCAUGCUGGUGUUUGACUUGCUAGACUGGAAUGCCACAGGGGAGAUUGGCUUUGAUGAGUUCUACAUGCUGGUGUGCAUCCUGAUAUCUCAUGAGAACGACCUGGAAAAGCAGUUCAUUUAUCAACACUCUAGGCCUGUGUUUGAGCUGCUGGAUAUGGAUGGAGGACACACAGUUGGCCCUAGGGAGUUCCAAGCCACUAGGUUCCUCUUUAACAUCAAGAAGAAAGAGCUUGAGAAGAUAUUCAAGGACUUUGAUGUCUCUGGAGAUGAGCAACUGAACUACAGGGAAUUCAAAAUGUUUACAAUCUUCUGCAUUGAUAGACAACAGAAAAAGAAGGAGAAGGAGAAAAAGAAGAAGAGGUGGAAUGAAGCGAUUCCAGAAUCAUCUGGGCCAGACCUCACCAAGAUCAGCAUGCAACAACUACACUAGUAAAACAACACUAUUUGAUUCAAUCAGAAACAAGUACAACCAACUCUUUCCCAGGCCCCAGGCGCAGGGGUUUUGGGUUAUCUUAAAACACCAACUUUUAAGAAACAUGUAACUCAAACAAUGAUCCAAAUAAUUAUAGCUGUAUAAUUUUGUCUCCAGAUCCCAUCUCAGAUACCACAUGCAAGUGCAUAAUCAGGUCUGAUGUCAUCCCAUGUGGAAUAGCUGAUGCAGCUUGGACUUCCGGCACAUUCCUCAUAUUUCACCCCAAGCCAGUUGCUGAUAUUCAUGUCAACCCUUCCUGCCAUACCGCAUUGCUCAAGUAUUUUAGGAUAGCAACCCUGCCCCACCCUCCAUCUACAUCACAUCUUGCUUGAGACAGAGCAGUCCUCCCAAUACAACCGUUUUAUCACUUUGAAGAGGCAGAUGAAAUAAAGUUUAGCAUAAAACCCAGCUGGCUCAUCCCCUCUGAUACUGGAUUCAUUCAUGUUUGUCAGCUUUUCCCCCCAUGCUGUUUUCUGUCCAUAUUAAAAUGUCUCCAUUAAA